CGGUGAAGCGCGCGUCGAAGCAGCUGGUGGAGAAGUACUUCACCAAGCUGAACAAGGACUUCUACCAGAACAAGCGCCUCGUCAUGGACGUCACCAUCGCCCGCUCCAAGAAGCUGAAGAACAAAAUCGCCGGCUACGCGACGCACAUCAUGAAGCGCCUCGCCCGCGGCCCGGUCCGCGGCAUCUCGCUGAGGCUGCAGGAGGAGGAGCGCGAGCGGCGCAUGGACUACGUGCCGGAGGUGUCGCACGUCGACCAGGCCAUCCAGGACGGCGUGCACGUCGACAAGCAGACGCUCAGCAUGCUGAAGCGCAUGGAGACUGGACUGCCGCGCCACGUCACGCUCGCGCCCGUUGCGGUCCCCGCCAACAAGAAGGGUGGCCGCCGCCCGCCGUUCCGCAAGUGA